AAUCGCAAUGGCUCCUCACAAAUUAUGAACUCUAGCAGUCGCUUCUCUGAAUUGCAGGCAAUAUCCAGCGGAGCUAAGUCUAACUCAAUUGUUCAUUAAGAAUAUAUAAGAAUAUGGAACAACCUUCGGUGCCGCCUCUCCCAAUCGCUCUUCCACCACCUGCUCCCACCGCUGCCGCCGCUGCUUCCAACGACGAAAGAGUUGGGGGUUGCCAAGUUCUGUGUGCUGGUUGCAAGAUGGUAUUGACCGUCGGACCAGGACUCACCGAAUUCAUGUGCCCCACAUGCCAAUUGCCGCAGAUGCUCCCUCCCGAGCUCAUGCCCGCCCUGGCUCAGCAACCGCGUGGCGGCGGUCUGGCUCAUGGCAUCGACCCUACCAAGAUCCAGUUGCCAUGUGCUCACUGUAAGGCCAUUCUUAACGUCCCCCAUGGCCUCACUCGCUUCUCUUGUCCCCAGUGUGGGGUCGACCUUGCCGUUGAUCUGUCCAAAAUAAAGCAGUUUUUCCAGUCUCCGACCAUUCCUGGUCACCUCCUUCCACCUCCUCCAGAAGAAGUCAAUGAGGUUGCCAUUGAGGUGGAACGGGAAGAAGAUGAAGGGGGCUUGGUUGGUGAAACAUUUACGGACUACCGACCUCCCAAGUUAUCUAUUGGACCUCCUCAUCCCGAUCAUGUUGUGGAGACAUCCUCCUUGUCUGCAGUACAGCCACCUGAACCUACCUAUGAUCUCAAGAUCAAAGUUGAUUUGGAAAACUCAACUGCAUUAUCUUGCUUGCAGAUUGAGACAUUGGUGUAUGCUUCCCAGAGACACCAUCAGCACCUCCCAGAUGGCACCAGGGCUGGUUUUUUUGUUGGUGAUGGAGCUGGUGUGGGAAAAGGAAGAACAAUUGCCGGUUUGAUAUGGGAGAAUUGGCACCAUGAAAGAAGGAGGGCUUUAUGGAUUUCUAUUGGUUCUGAUUUGAAAUUCGAUGCAAGAAGAGAUUUGGAUGAUGUGGGUGCGAUGUGUGUUGAAGUGCAUGCGUUGAACAAACUACCAUACUCUAAGCUUGAUUCAAAGUCUGUAGGGGUCAGGGAGGGAGUUAUUUUCUUGACUUACAGCAGCCUUAUAGCAUCCUCUGAGAAAGGGCGUUCUCGUUUACAACAACUGGUACAGUGGUGCGGGAUUGAAUAUGAUGGUCUUGUCAUAUUUGAUGAGUGUCAUAAAGCCAAGAAUUUGGUCCCUGAAGCUGGAGCUCAGCCAACUCGAACCGGUGAAGCUGUUCUUGAAAUUCAGGCUCGGCUUCCUCAGGCUCGUGUUAUAUAUUGCUCAGCUACUGGUGCAUCAGAACCUCGCAAUAUGGGCUAUAUGGUCCGCCUUGGUCUUUGGGGAGCUGGAACAGCUUUUGAGAACUUCCGCGACUUCUUAGGUGCUAUGGAGAAAGGUGGUGUUGGGGCACUUGAACUUGUGGCCAUGGACAUGAAAGCAAGGGGCAUGUAUGUAUGUCGUACGCUAAGCUACAAAGGCGUGGAGUUUGAAGUGGUUGAAGUACCCCUGGAGCCCAAGAUGAUGGACAUCUAUAAAAAAGCAGCAGAGUUCUGGGCUGAAUUAAGAGUAGAAUUACUUUCAGCAAGUACAUUCAUCAUUGACACGAAACCCAACUCUGGCCAGCUAUGGAGACUCUACUGGGCGAGUCAUCAGCGUUUCUUUAGACACAUCUGCAUGUCAGCUAAGGUGCCUGCGGUAGUUAGACUUGCUAAGCAAGCUUUGACAGAAAAUAAAUGUGUGGUGAUAGGCCUGCAAAGCACUGGAGAAGCACGGACUGAGGAAGCCGUAUCAAAAUAUGGUCUUGAACUUGAAGAUUUUAUAUCUGGACCUCGUGAGCUUUUACUAAAAUUUGUUGAAGAGAAUUAUCCUUUGCCUGAAAAGCCUGAAGAACCUCCAGAGGAAAGCGUGAAAGAGCUUCAACGAAAGAGACACUUGGCAACACCUGAUGUAUCAUUUAGAGGCCGAGUGAGGAAAGUUACUAAAUGGAAGACUACAAGAGAUGACAAAACUGACGAGGAGCCAGAAAGUAAAUCAAUUGAUUCUGAAUGUGAAUCAUCUGAGUCUGAUGAUGAUGAUGAUGAUGAGUUUCAGAUUUGUGCCAUUUGCAAUUUAGAAGAGGAAAGAAAAAAGUUGUUGCAGUGCUCAUGUUGUGGUCAACUAGUUCAUACCGUAUGUGUAGUUCCACCUGUUAUAGGUUCAGUGUCUGGGGAUUGGUCCUGCCCAUCAUGCAAAGAAAAAACAGAUGAAUAUAUACAAGCUAGGCGUGCAUAUGUUGCUGAACUUUCUAAAAGGUAUGACGGAGCUGUUGACCGAAAAUUAAAAGUUUUGGAUAUAGUUCGUUCACUGGACCUCCCUAACAAUCCUUUGGAUGAUAUUAUUGACAAGCUAGGAGGCCCUGAAGAAGUUGCUGAAAUUACAGGGAGGCGAGGCAUGCUUGUCCGGAACUCUUGUGGUAAAGGUGUAUCCUAUCAGGCACGGAAUUCGAAAGAUGUAACAAUGGAAAUGGUCAAUAUGCAUGAGAAGCAGCUAUUUAUGGAUGGAAAAAAGUUGAUAGCCAUUAUUUCUGAAGCGGGGUCAGCUGGUGUUUCUUUGCAAGCUGAUAGAAGGGUGGUAAAUCAGAAAAGAAGAGUUCACUUAACUCUAGAGUUGCCCUGGAGUGCGGAUCGUGCAAUCCAACAGUUUGGCAGGACUCAUAGAUCAAAUCAAGCUUCGGCGCCUGAGUACAGACUGCUUUUUACGCAUCUUGGUGGUGAACGACGGUUUGCAUCAAUUGUUGCUAAGCGAUUGGAGACUCUUGGGGCACUCACACAAGGCGACCGUAGAGCUGGACCAUCAUUAAGUGCUUACAAUUAUGAUAGUGCCUUUGGGAAAAGAGCCCUGAUGAUGCUGUACAGAGGAAUCAUGGAGCUAGAUUCUUUGCCCGUCGUACCCCCAGGAUGUUCAGCUGAUAAACAAGAGGAGAUACACAAUUUCAUUAUAAAAGGGAAAGCUGCUCUUGUUUCAGUUGGAAUAAUAAGAGACUCGGUGCUUGGUAAUGGCAGGGACCCUGGAAAGAUUUCUGGCCGCAUAGUUGAUUCAGACAUGCAUGAUGUUGGGCGAUUCCUUAACCGGCUGUUAGGGCUGCCACCUGACAUCCAGAACAGGCUCUUUGAGUUAUUUGUCAGCAUUCUAGAUCUUAUUGUUCAGAAUGCCCGUAUGGAAGGAAAUUUAGAUUCUGGAAUUGUUGAUAUGAAAGCUAAUACUGUUGAAUAUCAAGGAACUCCUAAGACUGUUCAUGUUGACAGUAUGUCUGGGGCAUCAACCAUGUUGUUUACUUUUACACUGGACCGUGGACUGAGUUGGGAGUAUGCUUCUGCUUUGCUUCAAGAAAAGCAGAAAGGUGAAUUGGGUUCAACUGCUAUCGGAUUCUAUGAAUCAAAGAGAGAAUGGCUGGGACGGCGACAUUUUUUAUUGGCAUUAGAAGGUUCCUUUUCGGGAAUGUACAAGCUAUUCCGUCCUACUGUUGGAGAAGCCCUUAGGGAAAUGCCUCUUUCUGAGUUGCAAGACAAGUACAGGAAAUUAUCUAAUUUAGAAAAGGCUCGUGCUGGUUGGGAGGAUGAAUACGAAGUUUCAUCCAAGCAGUGCAUGCAUGGCCCGAAAUGUAAAUUGGGCAAUUAUUGUACGGUUGGUAGAAGACUGCAGGAAGUGAAUGUUUUGGGUGGCCUUGUACUUCCAGUGUGGGGAACGAUCGAGAAAGCUCUUUCCAAGCAGGCUCGCCCCAGCCAUAGACGUAUACGUGUUGUACGGAUCGAGACCACAACGGAUAAGCAAAGGAUGGUUGGUUUGCUCAUUCCGAAUGCCGCUGUUGAAUCUGUACUCCAAGAUUUGGCUUGGGUACAUGAUAUUGAGGAUUGAGGUGGAACCAGGUGCUUUUCAUUGUGCUUGUUGAACUGGGAUUAUGCAGGAUGAUGGGAAGAAUUGGGUUCGCGAUUUAGUUGAAGAACUGCUAUUUUGCGGCACUUACUAGGAUAGAACAUAUUUCAUACGGCCUGCUGAUUCAUACAAGUGUUUAUAUCCUAUUUUUUGGGUGCUGGAUUCUACAUUCGUUUUGUAAAUCAUAAGCAUGUUAUUAAUUUAGCUUUAGUGGAACAUUCUUUAAUCUCUAUUCUCAACAGCUUUUUUUCUGAAGAUAAAAUUGAUGGAGUAUAUG